GCUAUGUAAGCAAGUCAGCCUCAAUAAAAGGAGUCAAAGAAGACAGAGUGGUGUGUGGUAGAAGACCUUAGGAGGCCCCUGCUUGUGGACUGUGGAAUUUAACAGACUGUUGACAAAGAAAGGGUCAGAAAUAAACUGCCACCAUGAGUACGGACGCAGAGAUGGCCGUUUAUGGCAAAGCUGCCAUUUACCUCCGUAAGCCAGAGAAGGAGAGAAUCGAGGCUCAGAGCAAACCUUUUGAUGCCAAGUCUGCCUGCUACGUGGCCGAUGCCAAGGAGCUGUACUUGAAGGGAACAAUCAUCAAGAAAGAUGGUAACAAAGUCACCGUCAAAGUCCUGGACACUCAGGAGGAGAGGACAGUUAAAGAAGAUGACGUCUCUCCAAUGAACCCUCCCAAGUUUGACAAAAUUGAGGACAUGGCCAUGAUGACCCAUCUCAAUGAAGCCUCUGUGCUUUAUAACCUCAAAGAGCGUUAUGCAGCAUGGAUGAUCUACACCUACUCUGGGUUGUUCUGUGCCACUGUGAACCCCUACAAGUGGCUUCCAGUGUACGAUGCUGAAGUUGUAAGUGCCUAUAGAGGCAAGAAGCGUAUGGAGGCUCCACCCCACAUCUUCUCAGUCUCUGACAACGCUUUUCAGUUCAUGCUUACUGAUAGAGAGAACCAGUCUGUCUUGAUCACUGGAGAAUCUGGAGCUGGAAAGACUGUGAACACCAAGCGUGUCAUCCAGUACUUUGCAACAAUCUCAGUUGGUGGAGACAAGAAGAAGGACACAUCAAAGGGGUCACUGGAGGAUCAGAUUAUUGCUGCCAAUCCCCUGCUGGAGGCCUAUGGUAACGCCAAAACUGUGAGGAAUGACAACUCUUCUCGUUUUGGUAAAUUCAUCAGAAUCCAUUUCGGCGCAACUGGCAAACUGGCUAGUGCUGAUAUUGAGACAUAUCUGCUGGAGAAGUCUAGAGUGACAUUCCAGCUUCCUGAUGAAAGAGGCUACCACAUCUUCUACCAGAUGAUGACCAACCACAAACCCGAGCUGAUUGAUUUGUCACUCCUCACAACCAACCCCUACGACUUCCCCAUGUGCAGCCAGGGUCAGAUCACUGUGGCCAGCAUUGAUGACAAAGUUGAGCUGGAAGCCACUGAUAACGCUAUUGAUAUCCUGGGCUUCACUAAUGAAGAGAAGAUGAGCAUCUACAAGAUGACUGGUGCUGUGCUUCACCAUGGCAACAUGAAGUUCAAGCAGAAGCAGCGUGAGGAGCAGGCUGAGCCUGAUGGCACAGAGGAUGCUGACAAGGUUGCUUACUUACUGGGUCUGAACUCCGCUGACAUGCUGAAGGCUCUGUGCUAUCCCAGAGUGAAGGUCGGAAAUGAGUUUGUCACCAAGGGACAGACUGUACCUCAGGUGAUGAACUCAGUGCCUGCCCUGGCCAAGUCUAUCUAUGAGAGGAUGUUCUUGUGGAUGGUCAUCCGCAUCAACCAGAUGUUGGACACUAAACAGUCAAGGCAGUACUUCAUUGGUGUCCUGGAUAUUGCUGGCUUUGAAAUCUUUGAUUACAACAGCAUGGAGCAGCUGUGCAUCAACUUCACCAAUGAGAAACUGCAACAGUUCUUCAACCACCACAUGUUUGUCCUGGAGCAAGAGGAGUACAAGAAGGAGGGUAUUAUCUGGGAGUUCAUUGACUUCGGCAUGGACUUGGCUGCCUGCAUUGAGCUGAUUGAAAAGCCCAUGGGCAUCUUCUCCAUCCUUGAAGAGGAGUGCAUGUUCCCCAAGGCCACAGACACUUCCUUCAAGAAUAAGCUUUAUGACCAGCAUCUUGGCAAAAACAAAGCAUUUGAGAAACCAAAGCCCGCCAAAGGCAAGGCUGAGGCCCACUUCUCCCUGGUGCACUAUGCUGGUACCGUGGACUACAAUAUCAAUGGCUGGCUGGACAAGAACAAGGAUCCACUGAAUGAUUCUGUUGUGCAGCUGUACCAGAAGUCCUCAGUUAAACUGCUGCCUGUUCUGUAUCCUCCUGUUGUUGAAGAGACCGGUGGCGCCAAGAAGGGAGGCAAGAAGAAGGGUGGUUCUAUGCAGACUGUGUCUUCACAGUUCAGGGAGAACUUGGGCAAGCUGAUGACUAACUUGAGGAGCACCCAUCCUCACUUUGUGCGCUGCCUGAUUCCCAAUGAGUCAAAGACUCCAGGUCUGAUGGAGAACUUCCUGGUCAUCCACCAGCUCAGGUGUAACGGUGUGCUGGAGGGUAUCAGAAUCUGCAGAAAAGGUUUCCCCAGCAGAAUCCUCUAUGGUGACUUCAAGCAGAGGUACAAGGUGCUCAAUGCCAGUGUCAUUCCUGAGGGCCAGUUCAUUGAUAACAAGAAGGCUUCAGAGAAGCUGCUUGGCUCAAUUGAUGUCAAUCAUGAUGAGUACAGAUUCGGACACACCAAGGUGUUCUUCAAGGCCGGUCUGCUGGGUACCCUUGAGGAGAUGAGAGAUGAAAAGCUGGCAACUCUGGUCACCAUGACUCAGGCUCUCUGCCGUGGUUACCUUAUGAGAAAGGAGUUUGUGAAGAUGAUGGAGAGGAGGGAAGCCAUCUAUACCAUCCAGUACAACGUCCGCUCAUUCAUGAAUGUGAAACACUGGCCAUGGAUGAAGGUGUACUACAAGAUCAAGCCUCUGCUGAAGAGUGCUGAAACUGAGAAGGAGCUGGCCCAGAUGAAGGAGAACUACGGAAAGAUGCAAUCAGACUUGGCUACUGCCCUGGCCAAGAAGAAGGAACUGGAGGAGAAGAUGGUGUCCCUUCUGCAGGAGAAGAAUGAUCUGCAGCUGCAAGUAGCAUCUGGAACUCUGGAACAUGAAGAGUCUAAGAUCCUGCGUGUCCAGCUGGAGCUCAACCAGAUUAAGGGUGAGGUGGACAGGAAGCUGGCAGAGAAAGAUGAGGAGAUGGAGCAGAUCAAGAGGAACAGCCAGAGGGUGAUUGACUCCAUGCAGAGCACUCUGGAUUCUGAGGUCAGGAGCAGGAACGAUGCCCUGAGAAUCAAGAAGAAGAUGGAGGGAGACCUGAAUGAGAUGGAGAUUCAGUUGAGCCAUGCCAAUCGCCAGGCUUCUGAGUCCCAGAAGCAGCUGAGGAAUGUGCAGGCACAGCUGAAGGAUGCUCAACUGCACCUUGAUGAUGCUGUCAGAGCCCAGGAUGACCUCAAGGAACAAGCUGCUAUGGUGGACCGCAGGAACGGUCUCAUGGUGGCUGAAAUUGAGGAACUUAGAGCUGCUCUGGAACAGACAGAGAGAAGCCGCAAAAUCGCUGAGCAGGAGCUGGUGGACGCCAGUGAGCGUGUUGGACUUCUGCACUCUCAGAACACAAGCCUUCUGAACACCAAGAAGAAGCUUGAGUCUGACCUGGUCCAGAUCCAGAGUGAAGUGGAUGACACUGUUCAGGAAGCAAGGAAUGCAGAGGAGAAAGCCAAGAAGGCCAUCACUGAUGCUGCUAUGAUGGCUGAGGAGCUGAAGAAGGAGCAGGAUACUAGCUCUCACCUGGAGAGGAUGAAGAAGAACCUGGAGGUCGCUGUUAAGGACCUGCAGCACCGCCUGGAUGAGGCUGAGAACCUGGCCAUGAAGGGUGGCAAGAAGCAGCUCCAGAAACUUGAGUCUAGGGUGCGUGAGCUGGAGACAGAGGUUGAGGCUGAGCAGAGACGUGGAGCGGAUGCUGUUAAGGGUGUCCGCAAAUAUGAGAGGAGAGUAAAGGAGCUCACCUAUCAGACUGAAGAGGACAAGAAAAAUGUUACCAGGCUGCAGGAUCUGGUUGACAAGUUGCAGCUCAAGGUGAAGGCCUACAAGAGGCAGGCUGAGGAAGCGGAGGAGCAGGCAAAUGUUCAUUUGUCCAAGUGCAGGAAGAUCCAGCAUGAGCUCGAGGAGGCUGAGGAGCGCGCUGACAUUGCAGAGUCCCAGGUCAACAAACUGAGAGCAAAGAGCCGUGACUCUGGAAAGGGAAAAGAGGCAGCUGAGUAAACCACUCCUGAUGACGGGCUUUUUCUAAUCAUAUAAUAUGAUGUG